GAUCUCUUUAGCCGCAACUCCGCAACGCCGGUCAGUAGUCGUUGAGUGCUAGUGCCGCUAGGAAGGAAGAUCGCCCUCGUGUCUGUCCAUAUCCACCGUCGCUGCUGCCUGUUCUCAAGCCGCAUAUCAGCACAGAACAUCGAGUCCGAGUCCGAGUCCGAGAAGCGAAACGAAAGAAGAUGGGCAUCCAGCAGCUGCUGCAGAACGUGGAUGAGGAGGUGUUCCGUACGUACGUCUUCUGGGCGGCGGUACUUGUGGUGAAGAUGCUCGCCAUGUCACCCCUCACCGGACGCCAGCGGUUCAGCAAGAAGGUCUUCGCCAACCCGGAAGACGUAACGACGAUGAAGAACGUGGCCCCGAGGUUUAACGAUCCAGACGUAGAGCGCGUCCGCCGUGCGCACCGGAACGAUCUCGAGAACAUUCUGCCGUUCUUCAUCAUCGGCCUGCUGUACAUGCUGACCGGACCGGCACCGUUCAUCGCAAUCAACCUAUUUCGGGCGGUCGCUAUCGCCCGCAUCCUGCACACACUCGUCUAUGCCGUCGUUGUAAUCCCGCAGCCGGCUCGCGGUCUGUCCUGGGGCGUUGCCUAUCUGGCCACCUUCUACAUGGCCUUUAAAACCAUCCUCUACUUCCUGUGAGGCGGAGCCGGUGUGAGGCAUGUAACCCCCCUCCCCCCUCAACACCUCUCCCACCCCUCCCGUGCGAUUACAGUCCAAGGGACCGUUAGGAAAUUCGCUAUACCAGCUGAAUGUUGUAAAGAGAAACAAUAAAGCCCCAAACGUGUACAGGAAUUCUUAGGUGAAGACGAUGUGCUGUGCUAUAUGCUGUAUGGUCCUUGGGUGCAGGCAAACUUGAACGGUCGAACGAUCAUACGACGCGAUCUUACACAUUAACAAAACCAGCAAUCAACAAUAGCCUAAAGUGGUUACGUUAUACACUUCCACUGCGUCGCUACCGUCACUGUGAAAUUCUAUCGAUAAAAAGAUAAGGUGGGAUUAUGGUUGGCUUUCCAAAGCUCUUCUACGCAGGUGUGACACGAUACGGCACUCUCUCAUGGGCCGAAAGUGCGCUUUAACCGCAUGUCCAGGUUAACUGGGUGCGCUGUACGAACACACUCUACGUAAUGGCUUUCCCCUCUCUCGGUACUCUGCCACAAUCGUUGCUAUAAACCCGACUUGGAGAAUAAAGGCGAAGCAUCACCUCGUGUUGGCCAA